UUACUGAAGAAAGUAAUGAAUUGUUUUGCUGUACACAGCCUGCAGAGUGAAUUUCUGUGAAGUGAAAACAUUUAAUCCAACGAUCAUCAUGAAUUCCAGACAGCCAAGUCUUCAACCAUGCAGAUCAACUCUGAUUGAUCAGGGUCCUCCAAAGCGAUUUAGCCUAAACACAGUUAAAAAAGUUUUAGAUGAUGACGGAAAAGUCCGAAAAUGGACUUUUGGGAAAAAAGAUGACAGUAAACCAAACAAAAUUGUUCUUCUGGUGGGAGAGACUGGCGUCGGCAAGACGACUCUUAUCAACACCAUGGUCAACUACUUACUGGGAGUCAACUUUGAGGAAGAAAAGUGGUAUGAAAUUACAGAAGAAGCAGCCAGAGAUCAAUCAGAAUCACAAACCUCUGAAAUCACCAUGUAUGAGGUCUUUCCUGAAGACAGUCCCAUAUCACUCACCAUUAUUGAUACUCCAGGCUACGGAGACACUAGAGGACUGGACAAAGAUCUGGAAGUUGCUGAGAAUUUAGCAACUCUGUUUCAGAGCAAUGAUGGAGUUCGUGAAGUCGAUGCUGUGUGUUUUGUGACUCAAGCGACUAAGAAUCGUCUCUCAGACAGACAGCAUUACAUUUUCAGUUCAGUUCUGUCUUUGUUUGGUAAAGACAUUGUGAACAACAUUGUGUUCCUAAUCACACACUCUGAUGGUCUGCCACCCACAAAUGUCAUUGGUGCUAUUAAUAAAGCUAGAAUCCCCUGCAGACGAGACAAUAGCGGCCAACCUGUUUAUUUCUUAUUCAACAACCGGCAGGCUGAAGGCCGUCACACUAAAGAACGUCACGUUCGCGCUCAAAGAGACUCCUGGGAAGACAGUGUUGAUGGCAUGAAGCAUUUCCUUCAGUCUCUGGAUGAAAAAAAACGAAGAAGCUUAGAGUUGACUUCAAAUGUUCUGAUGGAGCGAAUUCGAUUUGAAGCAUCCAUCUGCAACUUACAGCUGCGAGUUCAAGAGAAAGAAUCAAAAAAGGCUGAAAAACUUCAGAUUCAAAAGGCAUUGAGACAAAACAAGGAAAAUAUCGAUGGGUGCAACAACUUUAGCAUUAAAAUCGAUAAGACUUUCAAAGAGAAGGUGCCCAUUGAGAGCAGGUCAUGGAAGCACAGGAAGGCGUUGACCUGCACCGUCUGUGAAGAAAACUGUCAUGAGUUUGACUGCUGGUGGGGUUCAAAUCCCAGCAAAUGUGAAGUCAUGAAAGAUGGCUACUGCACCGUGUGCACAGGGAAGUGUCAUCACAGCAAACACGUCAAAGAAAACAAGAAAUACGUCAUCAGAACCUCAAGCACGAUGGUACAAUAUGACUCUAUAAAAAGGAAAUAUGAAAAAGCCCAGGAACAAACCAAGAGGUUUUUGACUGUAAUGGACAAUGUUGACAAAGAUUUAGAGGAUAUUGAAACCCAAAAGUCAAUUAUUCUCUUCAAUGCUUACAGGACCAUCAAGCACCUGUCUCAGAUCGCAUUAAAACCAGACUCUGCCUUCACUCUUCAGCAUCUGGACUUCUUCAUCCCCAGAGUGAGGGAGGCUAAGAGAGAAGACUGGGUCAGGGAGCUUGAAGAAAUGAGGAGAAAAGCUGUAGAUGAUGAAGCUAAUAAAGACGCUCUAAGUUAUCUGAAAGCUGGUCUAGCAAGACUUUUCCAUGGUAGACAAUGAACAUUUGUGAUUACACUUAUGUUUAUAUCUUAUGUUUUUCUUUAUACUGUUCAGAUUUUUAAGAAAUGGUUAUGAUAAAUGACUUGAACUGGAAAAAAGUAACAACUUUACAAAUAUCUUCAUGAAAUAACAGACUUAUAGAUAUUUGACAUUUCUGUAGCUGUAAAUAUGUAAUAAAGUUUACAUUGUAGAUGUUGUAAGAAAGUACAACUACAUUAAAGCAUCUAAACUUACAAGAAUGUAUGUUUUGUAUUGGUAAAUGUUAAAUACUAAUACACAUGUGCAAACAACA